CGUUGAUCACGGGCUAGUGUAUAUUAUUAUAAUUGUUUUAAAAUUUGAAAUUUAAAAUUUACUUAAGUAUGAUUGAUUCGUUUUAAAAUUGUAAAUUGUAUUUAAUUUUAUUAUUUGUAAGAAGUGAAUAUAGUUUAUAUAUUCAGAACUAUUAUCUCAAAAUGGCAGAAUUUGUACAACGACGAAAAGAGGAAUUGAUUAUUGAAGUUCCAGUACUUAAUAGUCACUUUCAAAAAUCUGUUGUGAAAAAUAUAUUGAAUCAACGAGAAAAAUAUGAGUACAGAUUGAUGCGUCGGAACAAACAAAAGUCAGAUUUUACUCUUUACAUAACAUUUUUGAAAACCAUCAUUAAGAAAGUUCAAAAAAUGGGUUCAACAAGUACUGAAACACUUAAACUUAUAAAUCAGCACAAUAACCGAAUCAUUGACCUUUAUCGUGCUUCUCUUAAAUAUUUUAAAGAUGAUGUAUCUCUCUGGAAAGAAUACAUAAAAUUCCUAUUGAAAUGUAAACGAUUAACAUUGUUACGGACAGUUUUAAACAGUGCCUUGUUAUUACAUGGUCACAUUUCAGAUUCACUGUAUGUUUUUGCUAUUAGACAAGAAUUUGAAGAUUUAAAAAGUAUCCAAAAGGCAAGAGAAAUGUAUACUGAUGGAUUACAUGCACAUAAGAAUUCAUCAAAAUUAUAUUUUGAAGCCUUUAAAUGCGAACUUGCUUAUUCAGAAACACUUAUUCAAAAAUUGUUAAAAUCAGGAAAGGAGUUAAACCUCGAGGAUCCUGCAUUAAAUGGUUCUGUAGCCAAAGUAGUUUUUGAAUCGGCUGUAGAAAAUGUGAAAAAUGAUACUGAUCUUUAUUUUAAAAUGUAUGAAGAAGCCACUAAAUAUAAUUUUGCAUUAAAUUUGUCAAAAGAAAUCAAAAAUUUUAUGUUGACUACAUUUGACACGGAUCCAAAUUAUUGGGAUACUUUAGCUACAAAUGAACUAUUGGACAGUACUAGCAGUACAGAAAAAUUUAGAAUUACAAAAUGCCUUGAUAGAUAUAAUGCUGCUUUAUCAGUAAUUGAUACGGACGAGAUGUGGGACAAGUAUUUAACCACUAUAUUAAAAAUAACAUCUGAUACCAAAAAAACAGAAGUUUAUAAAAGAAAUUUACUGAGACAAUCUAUGUAUAAUGCUCACAAGAAAAAUAAAUUGAAACCAAAACAUUAUAUUGAAUGGAUGAACAAAUCAAAAAGUUCUAUGACCAAGGAAAUUUUAAAUUGGGCCAUUGAAGCAUAUCCAAAUGACACAAGUAUCUUAGAAAUUAAUAUAAAAAAUAAAUUGACCGAUACAGAUGAACUAAUUGCUUACAAGUUAUUUAAACAAAACGCUAAUAAAAUUUCUCCUGAUUUAUGGCUUACAAUUGUUGAACAUUUUUCAAAUAAACCACUAAUAAGUGAUAUUUUCUAUAUGAUAUUUGGAGAUAAAUCUGUUUGUUCUAAUGAAAUUAAACAAAAACUCGGAAAUGAGUAUUUGUUGUGGUUAAGCAAAAACAAGUCGUUGAAUGAUGUUCGAAAUGCAUACAACAAAUUAAUCAUAAGCAGCAGUUGUGAUGCAAGUCUGUGCAAGACUUUAGUUACUUUAGAAACCGAACAACAGAAAAUAGAUAUCAGCAAAAUCAGGCAGCAUUUUACAUUAGCGUGCAUGCAGUUUGGUAAAACUAAUAUCGAUUUGUGGAUGGAACGAAUUUACUUUGAACUGAAAUAUGGGUCACCAAAACUUGUUUCCAAUACAUAUCAUCAAGCGUUAACAACUUUGAAUAAUGAGGAGUCUGAUCAAUUUGCGGAAGAAUAUGCAUCAAGAGCUUCUACAUUUAAUAUAAUUUGUAAAACAUGAUGAUUAAAUAAUAUUUACAUUAAUGACAAUUUUUAUUUAUGAUAAUGAUUUGAAGACAAUUCAAAUAACAAUGUUUAUAAAUGUUGAUAUGGAACUUUCUUAUGAAUUCCAUAAUCUUUAAUUUGUAUUCCUUUGGAAUUUUUAUUUGUUAUUUGUUUGUGCCAUCUGAAAAUUUACAUUUUAAUUUUCAACAAUUAAAUUUUAUUAUCUUUA